GAGAGAGAGACGGGGAGGAUUUACAUGUCAUAUAAUCACAAAUAUCAUACAGUUGUAUGGAAAUGAAGGGCGAGAUGGAGCUGUUGCAGAGGGUGAGCGCGCACCCGGACGCGCGCUGCUGGUACGUCGAGUGGAACCCCACGGGCACACUUCUCGCGUCAUGCGGCGGGGACCGCGCGAUAAGAAUAUGGGGUAAAGAAGGGGACAGUUGGGAAUGUAAGUCUGUCCUGUCUGAUGGACACCAGCGUACGGUCAGAAAGGUGGCCUGGUCGCCCUGUGGGAAAUAUCUGGCAUCGGCCAGCUUUGAUGCUACAACAUGCAUCUGGAAGAAGACGGAUGAUGGUUUUGAGUCCCUGACAGUGUUAGAAGGUCAUGAGAACGAGGUGAAGUGUGUGGCCUGGGCUCCAUCCGGAAACUUACUGGCCACCUGCAGCAGAGACAAAAGUGUUUGGAUCUGGGAAGUGGACGAGGAGGACGAGUAUGAGUGUGUAAGUGUUGUGAAUUCACACACACAGGACGUGAAGCAUGUCGCUUGGCACCCGACACAGGAGCUUCUUGCAUCAGCCAGUUAUGACAACAAAGUGUGCGUUUAUAAAGAGGAAGAUGAUGACUGGGAAUGUAGAGCCACUCUAGAGGGACACGAAUCCACUGUCUGGAGUUUGACCUUUGACCCUGAGGGACGAAGAUUGGCGUCUUGUAGCGAUGAUCGUACCGUGAAGAUCUGGAAGGAGUCCACGGCUGGAGAUGGUUCAUCAGAUGAGUCCUGGAAGUGUAUAUGUACCUUGUCUGGAUUCCACGGGAGAACAGUAUAUGAUGUAGCAUGGUGCCGUCUGACCGGUGCCUUGGCCACCGCGUGCGGCGAUGAUGGAGUCCGUGUGUUCAGAGAAGACCCCACUGCCGACCCAGAGCAGCCCAUCUUCUUCCUGUCGGCCCACGUGCCCAAAGCCCACAAUCAGGACGUCAACUGCGUGGCCUGGAAUCCAAAGCAGACGGGACUGCUGGCCACCUGCAGUGACAACGGAGAGUUUGCCAUCUGGAAGUACAACUCUGAUAACUGAGCUGCUGAGUGAAGCUUGAUCUGACAAAGGCGUGCUCAAGUGGCAUCAUGGGUCAUGACAACAGCUGUUUUUAUUCUGACUGAGUACUGUGUGUAUUGACAGCACUGGUCAAAUGAAAUGAAAGACACUUUUUAACUGGCCUCGUUCUGUUGUCUUUUUGAUGGGUCAGUUGUAACUUUUCAGAAUUUCUUCUUAACCACAUGGAUAUAUUUGAGCUUUGCCUGUGGCUUACAAUAGCUCAAGCACUGCUGAAGUUGAACCAUACUCAUUUUUCUUUUUAACAUGUCAUAAAACCAUCAAUUUCUAUUGAUAUUAAAUGCUUUCAAAGUUU